CCUCUCGCCUGUGCGCAGCGCUCUGGCUCGGCCGCUCCUUCCUUCCUUCCUUCCUUCCUCAUUUCCUCUCCCACAGCUGGCUCUCUCUCCUCCUCCUCGGAUGCUGCUGCUUCUCCUCCUCUCACACGCCGCCGCGCUGGACCACAGAUACAUCGGACGGAGGAGUGUGUGGAAAUGACUGACUACCUGUUUUGCAUGGUCUGAAUUUCGGGGGGAAUUCGCACGGUCGGAAAAGGAAAGGAGUGGAGAGAGGGAGGAAAGAAGAGGAGGCUCUCCAUCAGCCCAGAGGGAAUUUAUUUUACAGAGGUAUGCCAGUGCCUGAGGUGGCGUCUGACACUGCCAGCGCUGCCGCCAUGUUGAGCCCCGUCCUCAACGCCUCCAAUGGAGACGGAUCCGAGUCUGAAACCACCUCCGCCAUCCUCGCCUCCGUCAAGGAACAGGAGUUGCAGUUUGAACGUCUGACCAGGGAGCUGGAAGCCGAGCGGCAGAUUGUUGCCAGUCAGCUGGAGAGAUGCAAGCUUGGCUCUGAGACUGGAAGCAUGACUAGCAUCAGCUCAACAGAUGAGAAAUUUCGCUGGAACAACCAAGUUUGUGCACACGUAGAUGGACAGAAGGACAUAGAGGAGGAGCUGACGACAGGCUUGGAGCUGGUGGACUCCUGCAUCCGAUCGCUCCAGGAAUCAGGCAUCUUGGACUCCCAGGACACUAUAGGAGACAGACAAGGACUUCUGUCCCAAAGCGCUUUGCAGCUCAACCACCAGGAUGCCUAUGCAGCAGCUGGUUACCAUAGUAACCAAGGGCUGGCACUUGGGGAAUCGAUCAUGGGCCGCAGCGGGCAGGUUGGAGGAGCUGUUCACAGCUACAACCAGGUGACAUCCAGCCGUGCAGCCGCCCACCUGGUGGGAACCGACUCUCCCUCCCAGUCCCAGAGAGACUCAUAUGCCCAGCAGGCCCAUGGCAGCGCUUUCCACAUGCCCUCUGAGAUCGGACCUAUACCUUCUGGACCACCCAUGUAUUACUCCUGCGCCACUUUGCCUGCUCAGCGCGUGAGCUCCCCUCUGCAGGCGGUGGGAUCCCCUACCAAGCUGCAGCGCCUGGGAUCAGUCUCCUCUGACAUGCCCAGCUACGCCACGCUACAGAGGGUCUCCUCGCCCAAGCAGUCGCCCAGCCGACUCGCCAAGUCCUACAGCACAUCAUCGCCCAUCAACAUGGUAGCAUCGGGUGCCGCCGGCUCCUCCUCCCCCCUCCCCAUGACAGCCUCCCCGGGGGGAAACCACAGCUCGUCGCCCAUCCACCAGCUCAGCUCGGUGGUGGGCAGCUACGCCACCCUGUCGCCCACCAAGCGCAUGCUGCACCACAUCGGAGCAGACGGCUACAAGAUCUCCCACGAGCUGUACGCCAACGCAACCCUGCAAAGGCCUGGUAGCCUGGCAGGUAGAGGCUCCAGAGGUUCCUACAGCAGCCAGCUGUCCAGUCACCUGGGCUCCGAGCUGCGACCUCUGCAGUCUCCUGAACACCACAUCGACCCCAUCUACGAAGACAGAGUCUACACCAAGCCCAACCUUAGAGGACAAGCCCCGCCCUCCCCUGGUGUCGACCCAAUCCCCUUGCAGCGAACAGGAAGCCAGAGCGCCACGGGAACCUUUCAGAGAGGGAGCUUCGCCGCAGGAGGCGGGGUGGCCGACUACGCCAACCCGUACCGCACCCUGCAGUUCUGCCCUUCCACCGAGUCGCCUUACAGCAAGUCGGGCCCCGCCCUCCCCCCCGAGGCCUCCCUGGGCCGGUCUCCGUCGGUGGACAGUAUCCAGAAGGACCCAAGGUACGACCCCGAAUUCCUUGUGUGGAAUCAAAAUCAAGCCGAGCAAAGAAUGACAAAGGAGUUUGGCUGGAGGGAUCCAGAGCUGCCGGAGGUGAUCCAGAUGUUGCAGCAUCAGUUCCCAUCAGUCCAGUCCAACGCUGCUGCCUACCUCCAGCACCUCUGCUUUGGAGACAACAAGAUCAAAUCUGAGAUCCGGCGGCAGGGCGGCAUCCAGCUGCUGGUGGACUUGUUGGACCACCGGAUGACCGACGUGCACCGCAGCGCCUGCGGAGCCCUGAGGAACCUGGUGUACGGCAAAGCCAACGAUGACAACAAGAUCGCCCUGAAGAACUGCGGAGGCAUACCAGCUCUGGUGCGACUGCUCCGGAAGACCACCGACGUGGAGAUCCGAGAGCUGCUCACAGGUGUUUUGUGGAACCUGUCGUCAUGUGACGCCCUGAAGAUGCCCAUCAUCCAGGACGCCCUCGCCGUGCUGACCAACGCUGUGAUCAUCCCCCACUCGGGCUGGGACACCUCUCCGCAUACACAGGAGGACCGCAAGCUGCACCUACACUCCUCCCAGGUCCUCCGCAACGCCACAGGCUGCCUCCGGAAUGUGAGUUCUGCAGGUGAGGAGGCCCGGAGGAGGAUGAGGGAGUGUGAAGGCCUGACAGACGCUCUGCUCUACGUCAUCCAGACCGCUCUGGGGAGCAGCGAGAUUGACAGCAAGACCGUAGAGAACUGUGUGUGCAUCCUGAGGAACUUGUCGUACCGUCUGGCUGCAGAGACGUCUCACAGCCAGCAGGGGGGGUCGGAGGAGCUGGACGGUCUGUUGUGUGACACCGGCGGGAAGGACGCGGAGAGUUCCGGAUGCUGGGGGAAGAAGAAGAAGAAAAAGAAGGGACACGAUCAGUGGGACGGCGUCGGCCCAUUUCCAGACUUGGCGGAGCCCCCGAAAGGCAUCCAGAUGUUGUGGCACCCCACCAUCGUCAAGCCCUACCUCACACUGCUGUCUGAGUGCUCCAACCCAGACACCCUGGAGGGAGCAGCUGGGGCUCUGCAGAACCUAGCUGCUGGCAGCUGGAAGUGGUCGGUGUAUAUCCGGGCUGCAGUGCGUAAAGAGAAAGGCCUCCCCAUCCUGGUGGAGUUACUGAGGAUAGACAACGAUCGGGUUGUUUGUGCCGUGGCCACCGCGCUGAGAAACAUGGCUCUGGACAUCAGGAACAAGGAGCUCAUUGGUAAAUACGCCAUGAGGGACCUGGUGCACCGUUUGCCCGGAGGCAGCAACAACAACAACAGCAGCGGCGGGGGAGGAGGCGGAGGCGGGGGGAGCACCAACAGCAGCCUCCUGGCGGGGAAGACCAUGUCGGACGACACCAUCACGGCUAUCUGCUGCGCGCUGCACGAGGUCAUCACCAAGAACAUGGAGAACACCAAGGCCCUGAGGGACGCCGGUGGCAUCGAGAAGCUCAUCGGCAUCGCCCGCAGCAAAGGAGACAAAAUUCCCAGACAUAGUCCUAAAGUGGUGAAAGCAGCAUCUCAAGUCCUGAACAGCAUGUGGCAAUACAGAGACCUCCGUAGCCUCUACAAAAAGGACGGCUACUCCCAGUACCAUUUUGUCGGCUCUUCCUCCACGAUAGAGAGAGACAGACAGCGACCUUAUUCUUCCUCUCGCACUCCGUCCAUCUCCCCCGUACGGACCUCACCCAACAAUCGAUCAGCAAGCGCCCCUACUUCCCCCAGGGAGAUGAUGGCGUUGAAGGAGAGGAAGCAAGACUACGAGUCGACUGGAAAUGCCAGUUACCACGGCAACAAGGGCGAACACACAUCCCGGAAGGACGCCAUGAUGGGUCAAAUCUCUAGUGGGUCUUCCACGCUGCACAGAGGAGCGUACGUGUCGCCUACUGAUGACCUCAAGUAUAAUCAGAUCUCUUCUCAAGGCCUGCCUUCAGAGCCCUACCCUCCUUUCCAAAACCCUCCCCCGCCCGAAAGCGUCAACUACGAGGAUCAGGCCUUCUACGAGAACCAGGUCCACCCGGGAGGGCGCCCCCCGCAGGGUGACCUCAACAUGCACCUGCAGGGCCUCAAGUCCACCGGCAACUAUGUAGACUUCUACUCAGCCUCGCGGCCCUACAGCGAGCUCAACUAUGAGACCAGCCACUAUCCAGCCUCACCGGACUCCUGGGUCUGAGGGGAGAUGAGGGUGGAGGAUUAGGAAGAGGAGGAGGAGAGGAUGGAUGGAUGGUGAAGGGGGUAGUUUUAAAAAGAGGAGGAGAAGAUGAGAGGACAGUUUCCCUCCCUCCCCAUCCUCCCCUGUAGUUCCUGAGUAGCAUCAUAGAUAGCAGGACGACAGACGGGGGAGGAUGGAGUGCAGGAAAAAGAGACCUGAGGAGAAAAUCUAAGACAUUGCACUCCUGUGAGGGAGAGGGGACGGAAGAAGGAAGAAAAGCGAACGGAGGAGCGGCCAUGCAUGUGCAUGCACACCACCAACAAAACUGACGGACACGUUUUCUUUCUGUGUUUAGUUUGUGAUCAACUACUGCUAGAAGGUUCAGCAGACAGAAAGACCUCCUGCACCUGAAGGCCUCUGGAAUACAGAACGUAAAAGAGGGACGGACGCGACGAAAGAGAACACGAAAGGGGAAAAGAUGGGAAAAAAAAGGUGGGAUUAUAUAUAUGGAGACGAAGAAGGACAAUGAAAGAGAAGAAUGAAUCGGUGGACUCGGGAACGGAAGGUUUUUGGAUUGCGAAUGGAACGUGUGAGAGAUACCCAGGAGAAACCUGUAAAUAUGUGGUAUAUAGCUACAUGGCUUUUAGUAAUGUGAAGCACAAAGAAGCAGAGCUGUAGGACAUGUAGGACGUCUGUCACACAAAACCUUUGUUUCUCUCUCUAUGGCUUCGGCGUGAUGUAUCCUCCUCUGGGCAAAGAACGCUUCUGGACUUUGUCAUUUGUAACAGUUUUUUCUUUUUCUUUUUCGUUGUGUUUCUACUUUUUUAAUUCUCGAUUCUGGUUGUAUAGUAUUUGAUGUACACUGUACAUUUACGGAGAUGCAUUGUGUACUGUACAUUGCACUAUUUUCUGUGUCAUGUCAGGCCUUUUUCGCCAUUGGGUCAACCUCACUUCCUCACUAACUAUCCCCCCCUUAAACAAACACAAAAAUAUCUGCACUCAGACUUUCAGAAAUUCAUAUCACAGCUACGGACGGAUGUGAACGCGUUGCUAUUGUGAAACAUUGGGUAUGAAUUAGGUAUCGAAGCAUCAAUUCUGGUAGGUCACGGUGCUCCUUUAACUGCCCUACAGAUAGUUUUCACAGACUGACUCAAACAGAUGAGCAGCCUUUUCCGUGACUCAUUUUUUUUAGGCUAGCUUUGGUUUAUUUGGCGGCUAUCUUUCCACAUUAACACCUCAAAUCCCCCUUUUUGUGUUCCCAUGAGCCCCUCCUUUGAGUGAACUGUGCUCAUUGUGUAUAUAACCGUGCCAAACAAGGGUUACUUCCCCUCAGCUGAAGAAGGCAGGGUAGGGGCGUGUUAAAGGGUCCAAGUUCAGCUGAAGCUCUCAGCUGAACAUCCUUGCGGUUCUAAACGAUGCCAGUUUGUAAAUGCUUUGGUUUUUCUAAACUGUGUUUUACUGGGUUGAAACCUGUCUUAACUGCACCGGGACUGUGGGAGAAAACAUAAAAAAGAAAACUAUAAAAAAAAAAAAAGAAAAAAGAAAAUCACGGAAGGACUGUGACCGGGCGGAGCAACGCUUCCUCCAAAGUUGUACAAAAUUAGUUGAUUUCUGUGUUGUAAAAUAAUCAAUGUUUGAAGUACAAAAAAGAAAAAAAAACUUUUCUGAGAGAUGGGUGGCAACUUCAUGGUAGACAAAACUGUUAAUAGAGUACGGAUAUAUAUUAUAUAAAUAUAAAUAUAUACUUUUUAUGUGCAGAUGUGGAUGUCACUUAUAGCAGCAACAUUAUGGAAAAAGACUUGUAAAAGAAAAAAACAAAAAAAAACAGCUACAUGUAGGAAUUUUGUUCACAUUUUAUUUUCUGGUCAACACACUAAAUUGUCGACUUUGUGUAGUAAUGUUGUUGCUAUGUGGAGUAGAGUAGACCAGGGCCCAGGGAUCCACGUUGUCACGGAAGCAGUCCAAAAAAGGUGCUACGUCCAUGAGAAGUAUUUCUGUAUUUUAACUGUGCACAAAAUGUUCCCCUUUUGCAUUGAUAAGCUAUUGAUUAUCAGCCACAUAACGGAGAACAAUCACACGUUUAAUUCUUGUAUUUCCCAUGCAUGAAAACCCCCAGUUCUGAUUAAUUGGUCUCAUUAUGCUAAAUAGCAAAAAAAUUGCACCCCUGAAUGCAUGAGUAUUUGUUGUCGGUAAAUCUGAAAUGGUGAUUUAAAUUUUUUUUUGUUACGUGAGAAAGGCUAAAUUGUAAAACGUGACAACAGACCCUGGUUCUCCCUACCCACUGCUGUUUAGAAGUCCUAGAGGUCAUCUUCUGAUGCUUGAAAAACGACUCAUAAUGCAACUGUCCACCACGAAAAACACUGGAUGAAAAAACAGACGUACUGUAUUUGUUAGUGAGCAUCUGGAAACUGACAACGUUAUGUAUGUCCUUGUGAUCCUUAGGCAGAGAAAAACCUGACUAUAAGACCUGUAUGGAGAUAUAACGUCGGUGACCUUUUUGUUGCUAGACCAAACGUGUUUUAAAAAGAGAAUUGUGAAUCUUUCUAUUGCCUCAAACAGAUUGCAACUGCUCCAAAAAAUAUAAACGGACCAUCGAAGAACCUCUGA